AAUAGAUCUAAAAUUAUUGCGGGCAAGUGGCCGCCUGGCCGGUUCAGAUCUGUCUAGGGGUGGGUGGAGAAUGGUUUGACAGCUAAGCUAAGGUCGACUUCGGUGUGGACCCUGCGUUGUUUUCGGUGUCGGAGAGGGAGCCGAUAAGAAUCCUGCUCUCUCCCCCUGCAAUGCAAAGCCCCAUAGACAUAGUAGCAAAAUUCCCAAAAUCAUUGGAUUCUCCUUACCGCAGCUUCCCAAUUUUUUAUUUAUUACUGAAAAUGGCAACACCGACAACUAUCAAUACUCUGGUCAGCCCGGUUGUUCUCUUGCUGAUCCUCCUGUCCGCCCCGGCCGACUAUUCAAACGCGUCGGCGGAGACAGCAGAAGCAGUCGGCGGUGAGACCGGACCAUGCUUCACGUCACUGUUCAGCUUUGGCGACUCCGUAAGCGACACCGGCAACCACAUGCUGCUGGGCAAGUGCCCUCACUGUUGCUCCCUACCAAACGGCGAAACAUACUUCGGUUGCCCGACUGGUCGCUGCUGCAACGGGCGUCUCAUCGUCGACUUCAUUGCUGAGAAAUUGGGGCUCCCUCUGCUGACGCCGUUUCCGGGAGAGCUGAAGAGCAGCAACUUCCGGUUCGGGGCAAACUUGGCGGAGGGAGGCGCGACGGCCCUUGAUUUCCGGUUCCUUGCGGAGAGAGGGAUCUUCAAUACGCACACCAACGUGUCGUUGGGCGAUGAACUCAAACGAUUCAGGAAUUUAUUGCCCACACUCUGUUCCUCACCAUCUGAAUGUAAGAUGUACCUCGGAAAAUCUCUAAUUAUAAUGGGAGAAAUCGGAGGGAUUGAUUACAACAGAGCAUACUUUGAAAAUGUUGCCGUUGAGCAAAUAACAGAGUUAGUACCAUACGUCGUUGCCGAAAUUGGCAACGCAAUCCAGGAGAUGGUCGAAUUAGGGGCAGUAACAAUCCUUGUUCCAGGGAACUUCCCGCUUGGAUGCCAUGCUGGUUACUUGGCCAAAUUCUGGAGCCCUAACAAAGAAGACUAUGAUCCCUUGACCGGUUGCCUUGUUCAAUUCAACAAUUUUGCCCAACACCACAACGAUCUUCUCCAAGAGGAAGUAGUUCGGUUGCAGAAAGUUUAUCCCCAUGCCAACAUCAUGUAUGCAGACUACUAUAACUCAGUCAUGCGCCUCCAUCUACACCCUGACGAAUUUGGGUUCAGUGCUUCGUUGGUAGCGUGCUGUGGAGGGGGAGGGCCGUACAACUACAACGAGUCUCUGCUUUGUGGAGUCCCGGGCACCACAGCUUGCGCUGAUCCGUCGACGUUUAUCAAUUGGGACGAUCAUCAUCUCACGGAGGCAGCCUAUAGGAUUAUUGCCAACGAUGUGUUACAAGGGCCGUUCUCUAUUCCUCGCUUCAAUACAUCUCACUGUCCCGUGACUACCCGAGCGGCAAGUGGGGAGGGAUACUAUUUCGCUUAUUGAAUGGUUAUGGUUAACCUCUUGUAAUAAAAAAAUCAUGUUAGUAUUGACUGAAUCUGUGUUGGCACAAUUUUAGUAAAUUGGAUGUUAGCACCAAGGUUCAAAAGGUGUUCAUACGUUUUUAGUCUAAGCGUGCUACUGUGCUAGGUAUUGGAAGAAAAAUAUCUAUUUGCACGACAUGAUUUAUGAAAUAAAAUUAAGAGCAAAUACCACUAGGAAACCCGAAUUAUCAAAAAAGUGUCACUUGUGUC